AUGAUUCCCGAAAAACAGAUCCCAACAACUGCAUUUGUUGUUGAGAAGCCAGGAGCGCCAUUCAUUCUCCAAGAUGUUAUUUUGGACGAGGUGCGGGCAAAUGAAGUACUAAUCGAGAUGAAAUAUACCGGUCUGUGCCACACAGAUAUUGUUGUUCAGCAAGGAGCUAUCCCGGUCGGUGAUUAUCCAGCCGUUCUAGGCCAUGAAGGCGCCGGAAUCGUGCGCCGCAUAGGCAAUGCCGUCAAAGACAAAUCCCUACAAGAGGGCGAUCUCGUCUUCUUAAGCUUCAGUUCCUGUCACGGAGAUACAUGCAAGCCCUGCAGUGAAGGCCGAAAUGGGUUCUGUGGUCAGAUGACCUCAAUCAAUUUCGCUGGUUCUCGCGGCCACCGCGCUGCUGAAUCGCCCAUCUCUCUCCCUGGCGGCAAGGGUCCAGUCCGCGGUCAAUUUUUCGGCCAGUCUUCCAUGAGCAAGCUGGCUGUGGUUGACGAACGGUCAGUCGUCAAAUCUCCCUCCGGAUCUGGAAUCACGGUCGAAGACAUGGCCGUUCUGGCUCCGCUGGGAUGCGGGUAUCUCACUGGUGCUGGCACCGUCUUCAAUGUACUCAAGCCAAAGCCCCAGAGCAAAUUUGUCGUGUUUGGCAUGGGCGCUGUGGGACUGGCUGCACUGCUUGCUGCACGGUCCCAGGGCGUGGAAAUAAUCAUUGCGGUUGAUCUCGUUGAUGCAAAGCUUGAGCUGGCGAAAUCUCUUGGUGCAUCGCACACAUUGACCACGAAAGGUGUCUCUGAUCUUGCACAAACUCUUCUUGAGAUCUUCCCUGAGGGUGUGGAUUGUGUUCUUGACACCACGGGUGUCGUGUCUCUGCUCGAAGCUGGUGUCAAAGCCUUGGGACAUGAGGGUAUCCUUGCCAUUGUGGGUGUGGCUCGACCGGGCUCUUCUCUCAACAUCGAUCCUUUGGCGCUUAUGAUGGGCUGCAAGCGUAUUGUUGGCGCAAUUGAAGGCUGUGCCAAUCCUUCUUUGAUUGUUCCUCAACUGAUUGAUCUGUACAAACAAGGAAAGUUCCCGGUGGAUAGACUUGCUAAGAUUUAUCAUUCGGAUGACUUUGAUCAGGCUCUGGCGGAUUUACAUUCUGGCAAUGUCAUCAAGCCUAUCAUAAAAUGGGCGGACCUGUGA